AUGACUUUACGCUCCAAGCUCAUCAUCUCAGAGAACAGGCUGAUGGAGGCUCUUGAGACAAACGAGGUUCUUGAAGAAAAGCUGCAGCAGGCUCAAGAAUACGCUGAGAAAGCUGCCAAGCAGGUGACAUCCCACGUGAUGGAACCUGGAGAUGUGGGCGACAACCUUGGAGAAGACCCGACUGUAACGGAAAAAGAAACUCCAAGACCAGACUCUGGCAGUAAGAGCGAUAAAAGAGAGGAUAUUUUCGGUACAGGAGCAACCGAGCAAGAGCGACACACAGCGGAGGCAGAAGGAGCGGCAUCUGGUCCCACUGGGGACAAGAAACAGGGUGUCAUCACUUUUGGUGGGGAAGGGUCAGAACCGGGAAAGUUUGAUUACCCGCGAGGGGUUGUGGUGUCGCCUGGCAACGAGAUAUUCGUGGCUGAUAAGAACAACAGGCGAGUCCAAGUCCACAGCACAGAGGGGGUUUACCUUCGCCACUUCCCAACAGUUGUGCCGGGUACAGGGGAUAAGGACAUGGAGCCGCAUGAUGUCUGUAUGGACGGUAACGACACGCUGUGGGUAGUGGGGCGGGGAGAGACAUCCGAUCAUGUUGUACAGUACAGCACGGACGGGACCGCCAUGGCAGGGUUUGGCCUGAAGAAGGGCCAUCAUUUCCGCUUUAUUGCAGUGGACAUGCGCACUAACCACAUCCUGGUAACUGAUGCAGACAAAGGUGAAGUUCAGGUGUUCCGUCCGGACGGCUCCCUGGUGCGGACAGUCCGGCAUCCACGGGGGGAGAUGAAAGGCCCGGGGUACGUCACAGUGGACGGGAAGGGGAACAUUCUUGUGUCGGAGUGGGGAACUCACAGUGUCUACGUGUAUGACGAGUCCGGGAAGUUCCUGUUCCACUUGGGUCACAUCCUCGUGGCGGACUAUGGGAACGAGAGGGUUCAGAUCUUCACACGUCACGGCGAGUUUGUCCGGACCGUCCGUACUGGACCUGAGCCGGAAGGCCUGGCUGUGGGACCGGAAGGGCAGCUGGUUGUGACUGGUUGGUUUAACCACACUGUGACUGUAUUUCCUAACUACUGA